CCAACGUAAUGCGACCAUUCUUCCGCCUCCGCAAUCUACUACACACGACCUGGUCUUGGAACUUGAUGCCUCGCUUCUUUUUGAUGCCAUUCGACAUGAUCAUCAUCAGAAAGUGCCACAUACGUCCCAAUCUCGAAGCCGCACGGAACACGGUCCGGAAGACCGAUGCGUGUCUUUUGUCAUCACUCCCACCGCUCGCCACCGAAAAGUACACGAAAAUCGCCUCGAAUGGUUUCACAGGAGCUGGUAUUUUCUCGGUACUCUCAGGUGUAGGAGCGGUGAAUAUCUACCGCGAUGCGGCAUCUUAUGGGUGUAGCUCGUUGCAUCUAGCCCUCUUUCGUAUAAUAAUAACCCCUGCUAGCAUCUACAACGAUCGACUCGGCUAUGAAAAGACCAUACAAUCUGACUGGUGCUCUGUGACCAAUAAGCAGGCUGCAACCGCUACCGACAUCAUUGACGAUCCUACCCAUUACCGUAGUUGGGCUUCGUUCGAUACCGUAGCGCGACUCAUAUUACAGUGUCUUAAUGAGACAUAA